AUGUUUAGGGUCUAUCUUGAGGGCGAUAAAGGUGUGUUUGAGGUGAUGGAUGUCUUUGCUGAGGCUGUCCGACUGCAGAUGGCAAUGGCUCGUCAGGCUGAGGUGGUCCAGGCAGUAGAACUGGACGUCAACUUGACCUUGACUUUACUGAUCGAGGAUGUGAAUGACGAGACCCCGGAUGUCGUCCUUGGGGAAAGCGUCCAUAUACCGGAGGAACUUCCGGUGGGCUUCAUCAUAGGUGGAGUGUUCACUGCCACGGACAGGGACGCCAACGAUAAUCUGACUUACAGUCUAGAAGGUGAUGACAGUAAAUAUCUAAGCGUCCUUCAUACGGGGCUGAUGAGAGUUGAACGCCGGAUCGACCGCGAUGGGCCGAACGGCCGGAAGAAGCUGGACAAACUGACCCUGGGUGUGGAGGAUGCAGCUCACCACAAAUCGACCUUCUCCCUGACAAUCAUCGUGACGGACAUCAACGACAACGUGCCGACCUGUGCGUCUGGUUUCUUCUCCAAGAUAAUCAACAGGACUACCAGUAGUGAUGCCUCCGUUAUAAAUAUCCCUUGCACGGAUGACGAUGAUGGAAGCAAUGGACAGUUUUCACUGCGGAUAGUUCCAAGGUCACAAAGCAAAGAUCAUCGGAAACGGUUCAGACUUAAAGCAUUCGACCUGUUUGCUGAUGUGGAUACUCUCCGGAGGGAAUCGUCCGGGAAGGAGAGCAGUGUGUACAUCCUCACCAUCCUGGCAGUAGACACGCCCAAACAAGGCCGAGCAAACACCGGUACAGCUGUUGUUGUCGUCAACUUCACACAUCUGAAUGAGUACACGCCACAGUGGAAGUCCCCCGUCCCCGACAUCAACCACAACUUCCCCAGUGUGGCGCUACCAGAAUCUACGUCCCCGGGGACGGUGGUCAACACCUUAGUGGCUGACGAUAAGGACCCGGAGACAGUGGUGACAUAUACGAUAGCCUCUGUAACAGAUGAUAACAGCAACAAUAUCACCGGACUCUUCACAAUCAACUCCAACUCGGGUGAGCUGACAUCUACAGGCAAGUUAGACUGUGAUCCACAGACGGGAGGGGCAGAAUAUUAUACCAUUCUUGUAAUGGCGACAGAUGGAAAGCACAAUAUCAGUGGAAACGUCAAAAUAAUUGUGAAAAAUACGAACGAUAACGUACCAGUGUUUAACAAAUCGGUACAGACGAUCAGUGUUAAAGCAGUCAAGAGUGUUGCAGUACCGUUCGUGGACUUUGAUGUUUACGACCAAGAUAAGUCAUCAGAUGUUACUUUAGAUUUAGAAAAGGGUGACCGUCAGUACUUCCAGUUAUCGAAGGAGUCAGCAAAGUGGCAGCUGAAGUUUCAACCAGGAAUAGACCCUCAGAAAAACCCCGACAUUCCGCCGGUAAUCAGGGUGACGGCGAACGACAACGGCGAUCCUCCCCUCACCAGUGAAGCUACAGUAGUACUUACAGACCUCCCAUGUCACGUGACCACACCCUCCCCGUCAUCAGCAGUUCCUCCGUUACGAAGAAGACGAUGUUCCUGGCCAUCAACACUGCCGAUGACGUCCACACCGCAGAUGGUUGCCGGGAAAACAGACAGCAGCAGCAGUUUGUUUGGAUCACCAGUUUGCCAGCCCUCCAGUGCCUCCCAAGAGGACUCGAAAACUGGACUCUACCUGAAGAUUGCCUGUGCUGCAGAAGGUGUCAUCAUCGUCAUGGCAACUCUUUUCAUUAUGGCCAAGAAGUGUGGCUGGUACGUGGAACACUCCUCCCUCCACCCUCAUCAGUACAUUAUUCUGUUUAAAUCUAGAGUCAAAGGUAGCAGGCUCUGA